AUGCCCACUACCUCAUCUCCAGCACUGUCACCGUCGACCCCUAAUGGCACUGCCGCAUCAUCAACUGUGUAUCGACCACUCAAUGUGAAGGAUGCACUGUCCUAUCUUGAUCAAGUCAAACUCAAAUUCGCUGGACAACCCAACGUCUACAAUCGAUUUCUGGACAUCAUGAAAGACUUCAAAAGUCAACUGAUUGAUACACCCGGUGUGAUUGAGCGCGUAUCGGCCUUGUUCAGGGGACAUCCUUCACUGAUGAGUGGAUUCAACACCUUUUUACCUCCGGGAUAUAAAAUUGAAUGUUCACGAGAUCAGUAUGAUCGUGACAUUAUUGAAGUCACUACACCUACAGGCACGAUCCGAUCCAUUGCAGAUCAACCUUUAGAUUUACGUUCCAACACGCCCGGACGACAAGCGCCCGUAGAAUUUGAUCACGCCAUCACAUUUGUUAACAAAAUCAAGAGACAUUUCAGCGAUCGACCCGACAUCUACAAGCAAUUUUUGGAGAUUUUGCAGACCUAUCAACGGGAUCAGAAUCCAAUACAAGAGGUCUAUCAACAAGUGCGGGUUUUAUUCAAUGACGCGGACGAACUCCUGGCUGAAUUCAAAAAGUUUUUGCCGGAUGUAUCGGGUCAAGUUGGCAAAUCGGGGAUGAUCAGUAUGCCGAGUCUGACUAAAAAGCGCCGCACGAAACUUCAUCACAAGACUGACGUGCAAAUGUCGGAUGUACGGUCUGCCGGCGCUCCGAUGGAGGAAGAACCAGAACAAUCAGCAAUUCCUGCUGAAGAGAAAGAAUUCUUCAAUCGUGCCAAGGAAUUCAUCGGCAAUGAAACAACGUACAUGGCUUUCCUAAAGGUGCUUAACCUGUUUAGUCAAGAGAUUGUGGACCAGAACGUGUUGAUCAAUCGUGUGGAGAGUUUUAUCGGUGGUGAUCGCCAACUGUUCGAUUGGUUUAAGACGCUGAUAGGCUAUGAUGGAAAGGACGACAUUAUCGAAUCGACCUCAUCCGGGGUGCUGAAAUUAAGCACAAAUCAGAACGGCGAUGUCGGACCUAGUUAUCGCACCGUGCCGAAAUCGUGGCAACGUCAGCCAUGUUCAGGCCGAGAUAACCUGUGCUGGGAAGUAUUGAACGACGAAUAUGUGUCCCAUCCUACAUGGGCCAGUGAAGAUACCGGUUUUGUGGCAUCCAAGAAAAAUCGGUCCGAAGAAGCCCUUCAUCGUGUGGAAGAAGAACGUUAUGACUAUGAUUUGAACAUUGAAGCCAAUUUAAAUACAAUUGCGCUUCUGGAACCCGUCGCAAAGAAGAUUUCCGCCAUGUCGGCUCAAGAAAAGGCCAGUUUCCGUCUUCCUCCGGGCUUGGGUGGUCCUUCCAAAACCAUUUACCAGCGCAUCUUGAAGAAAAUCUAUGGUAAUGAUAAAGGACUGGAGAUCAUUGAUCUGUUACACAACAAUCCCGCCCAGACGGUGCCCAUCGUGUUGAAACGAUUAAAGCAAAAAGAUGACGAAUGGAAACGAGCCCAGCGUGAAUGGAACAAAAUCUGGUUGGAAAUUGAAACGACAAACUAUUACCGAGCAUUGGAUUACCAAGGAUUCAAGUUCAAGACGAACGAUCGAAAAGCGAUGAAUAUGCGAACGUUGGUAACACAAAUUGAAGCCAUUCAACGCCCUCAACUUUCGUACGAAUUCACACAGGCCACAGUAUACAAAGAUAUUCACCGAUUGAUAUUGUAUCUUCUCCCACGUCAAGAGAUAUUCAAUGAAGACGAGUGUGAUAAGAUUCGAAAAUUCAUGGAGGAAUUCAUUCCCUUGAUAUUCCACACCUCGGGGGGAAGUACAACCAUCAGUACAGAGGAAGAUGAAAUGAUGAACGAAGCCGAAGACGAGGCAGACGAAUCACGGUCCAUGCAAUCCUUUGACUCGGACGGAGAUGCUGUGAUGAGCAAUAACCGUGGAACGCCCAAAAAGACACGAGCGCAACGCUAUGCAAGUCGCAUGAGAGCCAUGGGCGAAGAUCCCAGUCUGUUCAAUGGGACGGCGUCUCCCGUUCGCCAAUCCAGACAGGAUAAAGAUCAGGAGGGAGAUACAGAGGCAUCGUCAACGAGCAGCAAGGAACCAAAGGCAGUGCACCUCUUUUCAAAUGACGCCUUGUACUGUUUUAUUCGAGUGUACCAGAUGUUGUACGAGCGCCUGGCGCGCAUGAAAGCUUUGGAUGCUGAAUAUAAAAAGGAUCCCGAGAAGGCCAAAGAGUGUAAUCGAGCGGCCCUUGAACUGGGUAUUACCAGCAAAACAUUUGACGCUGUCAAACUCAACUUUAAACGAGGCUAUUAUAACGCUCUGCUGAGGCUGAUCAACAAACUUAUCAACGGCGAUGUGGAUCAGCAAACCUUUGAAGACUGUACCCGCUAUAUUUUUGGAACGAAUGCCUAUGUUUUGUUUACGAUUGACAAGAUGCUACUUACACUGAUGCGUUGUACACAUCGCAUUGACACUGGGGCUCAAACAAAAGAACUACUGGAAUUGUUCAAAAAAGAAUUGGAGAUCCAGGCUACAUCCGAUACCGACCCAGUGGCAAUGUAUCGUGUCCAGGCGGAAGAAAUUGUUAAUCCAGGAGAAAACCUGUAUAUUAUCACUUUUAAACCGGAUCAGCACAAACUUUCUAUUCAGCUGCUUCGCAAAGAUGAAACUCUUUCCUCCAAUGUAACACCGCACGAGGGAUAUGAAGAAUACGUUGCAAAUUACAUUGACUGGGCUAAUGAGACCAAGGGCAUCCCUCAAGCUCAGUUGACACCUCGGUUUUUGAAGCGGAAUCUUCGAGAUAAUGUCCAUGAUGACCGUCUUAAAGAUAUUCUUGUACAAUCUGGCAUGCAGUACAAGAUCUGCCGCAAUACAUACCACAUGUUCUAUAUUAUCGGCACCGAAGAUACCUUUAUGCGGCGACGGGCCGAUACAGCCGCUUCCACCUCCGAGGAUCGAGAUAAAACAUGGCGGGCAUGGCUGGAAUCCGAAAAAGGAUGGAGUCACGACAUCGCUGACAAGACAAAAGCAGAACAAGACGCAAGGAAUUGGCUCAAUGGUCAAAUCUCUGAACCUUCUGAAUCCUAA